AUGGAAACAAUUCAAGUGAGAGAAAGAAUUGAGGAGAAAGUUUUAGCCUUUGUGAGGGAAUUAGUUUCAUCACCAUCAUCUGAUAUUCCGAAUGAAAAAGGCUUCUUGCUGAAAGAUCUGACCAAAUAUCCAUCAACAUUUAUUUCCAAGUUUCAGGUGAUGAAUUUAGUGUAUCAGUUGUGUACUUUAAACAAAUUUUCAACCAAGAGAGAUUUGUAUUAUUGUAACAAGCCUAUUCUAAAAGAUCAGACACAACUAGAUUCCAUAUUGAAGGAUUUAUCAUCAAGUUGGCGAGUUAAUAGGCAUGAUCUUCAUAUUGUUCCUCAAUCGAAGGGAGAAGUUUGUGGACCAAUUGCUUGGAAGGAAAUCUCAUUGAUUGAUAUUGAAAAUAGAGGACAACAACCAACAACAACUAUAGUCAGUGCUUCUAAAGGGUGUAAUCUUCCUUCGAUUCCUCAUUUACAAAUUGUAGAGUUCUCUAUCCCUGUUGAAGUAGAUAAGGUGAUCAUUGUUGAAAAAGAGUCAGUUUUUCAAGUGUUGAAAAGUCAAGCAAGCAGUCUCAAAGAUACAUCAUUAAUAAUCACAUCUAAGGGAUAUCCUGAUGUUCCAACAAGAGAUUUUAUUGUAACACUAACAAAGCAAGUAGCAAAAUAUCAAAGGAGAAGUUUGAAUAUUUUCACACUCACAGAUGGUGAUCCUUAUGGAGCUGAAAUUGCCAAUGUUUACAUGAAUGGUUCGUUAUCAUUUGAAAAUGAGAAGGAGAAUCUGACCAUCCAUAGUUGUGUAGACUCCACCGAAGAUUGGCAUUAUUGGGUGCUUCAAACUUGUUCCAGAAUGUCAUGGAUUGGAGUUCAUUUGAAUGAUUUUGACAAUGCUCCUCAAUUGAUUUCAAAGUGGAAGGAUUGUUGGAUGCCUCUGGAAGAAUUGGAUUUGAAAAAGAUAAACUCUCUAAACAACACCCAACUUGAAUUGGAUGACACUGUAAAAACUCAAAUUAAUUUACAAAAAGAUUUAAAUUACAAAGUCGAAAUAGAGGAAUCAUCGGAAACAGACAGUGACUAUUGUGAAGCUUACGGUUCCGAUUUUUAUGAUGAUUGUGUUCAACUUCAUGCUGAUACCAUUAAAACAUCAGACAAUUUACAAGAAUUUAUUUUGGAUGCUCAAAACAAGGGAGGAAGUAAAUUUACGCAGUGUGGUGCAUUGGACAGCGAUUUUGGUUUACCAGGUUUGCAACUCAAGUUGGAUAAUGAACAAUUUAAAACAAUUGGAUUUCCAUUGUCGAAUGGGAGUGCUUCAGAGCUAAUUCAAUUUUGCAGUAAGGCACCAUAUGGAAGAGGAGAGGAUACAAUUUACGAUGAAAAUGUUAGAAAAACAUGGCAAUUAGAUCCAUCAAGAUUUGAAAUUACAAAUCCAACUUGGGAUGAUUUGAUUGACGGUUUAGUGGAUAAUGAAAUUAGGGAUGGCUUGGGAAUUAGUAAACAUCUCAGACUCUCAGCUAAUUUAUACAAGCUAUUAGUAUAUGAAGAGGGAGGUCACUUUCAAUUUCACAAAGAUUCGGAAAAGGAAGAACGAAUGUUUGGAACACUAGUUGUUCAACUUCCUUCGGAAUAUAGUGGAGGUGAAAUAAUAGUUAGACACGGAGAGGAAGAGGAAGAAUAUGAUUUUGCAUCUGUUUCUAGAUAUACUCCUCACUUUAUUUCUUUUUAUGCAGAUUGUGAGCACAUGAUUAAGAAUGUAAAUUCUGGUUACAGAGUUUGUUUGAUAUAUAACCUUUGUUUUUCAGGUAACAAAGAAAGUAAGCCAACACUUAAAGGUUAUGAAGAAUUAGCCAAAAGACUUCAACAAAUAGUUUCUGAGUGGAAUGCUGAUGCAAAAGAUGUUGACACUCUCUACAGAAUGUAUGUAUUUCAGCACCAAUAUUCUCAAAAGAGUUUGGAUCCUGAAAAUCUUAAAGGUUCUGAUUACAAUAUUUACGAUAUUCUGGAAAGGUAUGCUGAGGAAUAUCAAGACCUUGUUUUAGAUUUAGGAAUUAUGGAGAGGAAGGUGGAAGGUUUUGACGAUCCAGAAGUAUCACUCGAGUAUAUUUUUGGAUCCCAACAACGUAAAAUAGACGUUCCUUUCAGAAGUGUUGUUUGCAAGUCUGCUCUGUCUUCCAUGAAACUAUUCCACAAGUCCAUUAACGAAAAUACUGGAAAUGAGGGGUCAACAAAAGAAAAGCAAUACAGAAAUGCAUGUCUAAUGAUUUAUCCAAAGAAGUGCCAACAAAGAAUUUGCCUCAAGUUUGGAUUUUCAUUUUGUAGCAAAAUAUUACCUUCAUUCAUAGAGUCAAACUCUAGAGAGAAUUCUAUUGCAUUUGUAAAGCAGAUGCUGGCCAAGAAAAACAUCUACUUAUGGGGUGAUGAAGAAAAAGUUGUAAUUCAAUCUAUUAUUCAGCUCAAUGAUGUCGAAUUGGCAAAACUGGUUAUCGGAAUAGACCAAAAAAGUUUAUCUUCUCUUAUUUCUCAUUUUACAAUUGAACCGUUUAGAGAAACUAUUAGCGAAAAUUUAUGUAAAAAACGAUAUAUGAAGGAAUUUAUUGGCUCUCUAAUUGAAAUCAAUGACGUGCCGUUGAUACAAAUGACAAUGCCAAAGUAUUCUGUCAAUAAGUAUGACCAUUUAUACGAUAGCAGCUGCUUUGAAAAAUUAAUAAUACUUGCACAAAAAUGUACAUAUUCAAUGCAUUCAACAGUAGUAGAAAAUAUUGUGGAAGAUUAUUAUAAGUAUGCCAGUUAUAAGGAAAGUAUUACAAAGUUGAUAGACUUAUUGAAGGACACCUCAAUCUAUGAGAAAUUGAUUGUAAAAGAAUUGGCUAAAAACUCUAUUCCAAAUCAAAGAGGAAGAGGUUCUUAUGAAAACAAAGAGCUGGACCUUCCAUUGAUAAUCAAAAUUGCAAAUCAAAUUGGGGUUGAAAAAUUGAAAAAUCUACGUUUUUCAUUCUCUAAAUGGUUGACAAGUGAAAAUUGUUUGAAUAUGGUGUUAUCAACAAUGAGUUGUAAACCUCUGAGUGAAUUAUUGAUAGAAUGGAUGUUAUAUGACCAUCGAGAUUGUUUCCUUGAUUUGAAAUUCGCAACUUCCUUCAUUCGAAUGCUCCAUAACCAUUCAUGGAAUGAUUUUAUUACUAGAGCAUGCCGCGUUGUUCUUAGUGUUGCAUCAGAAGAGAAUUAUAGCACCCUAGUCGCUCCACUCAUUGAGGUUGUUUCGAAUAUUAUGCCUAAAUCUGACCAGUUAGAUAUCCUACUGAACUGGAGCAUUGAUUUAAUUGAUGAUGGAAUUAGAACAAAGAAGUUCAUUAUUCCCCUACCAAAUUUUUCUGUGAAAUCUAGUAUUUCAUGUAUUUGUAGUGACUGUAAGAUUCUAAAACAAUUUUUAUGGUCAGAAACAGAGAGAACUUGUUCAAUCACUGGCCUAGUUAAGGAACUUUCACACAUUGAAUCGAUGGUUGCUCCAAUUAGGGAAAUACAGAAACAAAGAGUUCAGAAAUCAAUUAUUUUAACAAAACUUGUGAUCUCUGAGAGACUUGUGAAACAGGCAACCGAACUUAACAAUGCAGCUAAAACUAAACUGGAAUCUUUAUUGAAAAAGAGAAGAACCCCACCUGAAGAGUCAACAGAUAAUAAUUCGACACUUCAACUAGAAGUUGCUCCCUCAUCUUCAAUUGAACCACCAAACAAAAAGUCAAAAACGGAUGCACCAGAGAUUAUUUGCAUUGAUGAUUAA